AUGGGUACUGUGAUUGCCAUGGAGGAUAACAACAAGGGUGGUGGCACAAGUUGCUCAUCAGCUGAAGGCUAUGUGGAAGAAACUGUGGGAGUGGAGGAAGAAGAAAAUCCCCCAAAUGUACCUCCUGCCCACACCAGCUCUUCCCAGAGAUCAGGCAUAAGUCUGUCCAGACAACUUACCUUGGACAAGAUGUGCCUGAAGGGGGAAAGAGUCAUUAUGAGGGUGGAUUUUAAUGUUCUCAUGAAGAACAAAGAGAUAACCAACAACCAGAGAAUCAAGGCUGCUGUUCCUAGCAUCAAUUACUGUUUGGAUAAUGGAGCCAAGUCUGUUGUUCUAAUGAGCCCCUUAGGUCGACUGGAUUUCCCCAUGCCUGGGAAAUACCCCUUGGAGCCUGUGGCUGCAGAACUCAGCUUGCUGGGCAAAGAUCUUCUGUCCUUGAAGGACUGUAUGGGUCUAGAAGUGGAGAAAACUUGUGCUAACCCACCUAAUUUUUCUAUCAUUUUGCUGGAGAAUCUCUGCUUGCAUGUAGAAGGAAAAGGCAAAGAUGCUUCUGGGAACAAGAUCAAAGCUGAGCCAGCCAAAUUAGAAGCCUUCCAAGUAUCCUUCUCCAAGCUUGGAGAUGUCUAUAUCAAUGAUGCUUUUGUGACUACUUGCCAUGCCUAUACUUCCAUGGUGGAAGUGAAUCUGACCAAGAAGGUAUGUAGUUUCCUCAUGAAAAAGGAGAUGACUUACUUUGUCAAGACCCUGGAGAGCCCGAGACCCUUCCUGGACAUUUUGUACAAAACUAAAGUUGCCACCAAGAUCCAGUUGAUCAACAAUAUGCUAAACAAAGUUAAUGAAAUGAUCAUUGGUGGUGGGAUGGAUUUCAUCUUCCUCAAGGUGCUAAACAUCAUGGAGAUUGGAACUUCUCUUUUUGAUGAACAGGGGGCCAAGAUUAUCAAAGACCUGAUGGCCAAGGCUGAGAAGAAUGGUGUCAAGACCACUUGGCCUGUUGACUUUAUCACUAUGGACAAGUUUGAUGAGAAUACCAAGACUGGCCAAGCCACAUUGGCCUCUGGAAUCCCAGCUGGAUGGAUGGGUUUGGACUGUGGCCCAGAGAGCAGCAAGAAGUAUGCAGAAGCUGAACCCUGGGCCAAACAGAUUGUGUGGAAUGGACCUGUUGGAGUAUUUGAGUGGGAAGCCUUUGUUUGGGGAACCAAAGAAUCAAUGAAGAAUGUGGUGGAGACCACCAAGAAGACCUGCAUCACCAUCAUAGGUGGUGAGGAUACUGCCAUUUGCUGUGCCAAAAGGAACACUGAGGACAAAGUCAGCCAUGUUAGCACUGGAGGUAGUGCCAUUCUAGACCUAAUGUAGGGCAAAGUCCUCCCUGGGGUGGCUGACCUGAGCGAUGUCUAA